CGUGACCCCGUGAGUCGGGCGCUCACGUUGUCCCCAGCCCGCGCCCUCAGUGCCCGGUCUGGCGUUUCCCCUUCUUCGGGGGGCCCGCCCCGGGCUCUCGAGUGGCCAAGAGGGCUGUGUGAGCCCCGCUGAAGCCGCGUUGCCGCCUGGCAGCCGACUUUUUUCUGGCCGGGGCUGUUGGUACUGCGGCCCUCUGGGCCGACAGGUGCGGUGCCUUCCUCUGGAGAAGUCCCUCAGGAUCCAGGGGGAGCGCAGGCUUGGGUUCUGAUGGACAGGAUUCGUUCGUGGCAGCAGCUGCGUCCUCCUCCAGUCGACUGCCUGAACGAGAUCUGCUUCGGGCUGCUUCAUGGCAGGGAGUCAUUUCUCCUGGGAGAGUCGGCCUUGCUGGGCUUCUAGCUGAUAGCGUGCGGGGUGCUUCUCUGGUUUAGUAUCAGGAUGGAAAGGUGACAAGAAGAUAGUGGAAAAUGAUUCCGUGGAGGUGAAGGUAGAGGACACUCCAUCAGAAUAGUCGGGCUGCAUUUGAAAGACUGUCGAAGCCCUGGUGUGAGACCAGCAUCUUCCGUUGGUUCCCCUUUCAGUACUUCUGAUGGUUGUGACUCCUGAUCAAGGCCUCAGUACGAACUCUGACCAUGUGGACCGCUGACGAGAUUGCUCAGCUGUGCUAUGAGCACUAUGGGGUCAGGCUGCCCAAGCAGGGGAAACCUGAGCCAAAUCGCGAGUGGACGUUACUGGCAGCCAUAGUGAAGAUACAGUCUGCAGCUGACCAGGCCUGUGACGCCCCUGGUAAACCAGCACAAGUGACAAAGGAAGUUGUCUCAAUGGGAACAGGAACGAAGUGCAUAGGCCAGUCCAAAAUGAGAAAGAGCGGAGACAUCCUCAAUGAUAGCCAUGCGGAAAUCAUAGCCAAAAGGAGUUUCCAGAGGUAUCUUCUCUAUCAGCUCCAAAUGGCAGCCACAAUGGAGGAGGGGAGUAUCUUUGUCCCAGGAACGCAGAGAGGACUGUGGAAACUCAGACCAGACCUCUCUUUUGUGUUUUUCUCCAGCCAUACACCCUGUGGUGAUGCAUCCAUUAUUCCAAUGCUUGAGUUUGAAGAACAGCCUUGUUGUCCUGUCAGCAGAGAUUGGGCCAACAACUCAUCAUUAGAAGCCAGUGUUAACCCAGAGUCUCCUGAAAAUAAAAGGAGAUGUGACAGUCCUGACAGUCCUGUAUCUAAAAAGAUGAGGCUUGAACCUGGAGCUCCCGUUAAGGAGGUGGCCAAUGGUACGGCUCCCUGUGGCAGGCAGGAAAGUAGCUCAUUCCCAGCAGGUGAUAGCAGUUCUAAUAGCACUGCAGAGAGAUCAGCCACUGUCACCGGAAUGGACCUCAGGGGCACCAAAGUGGUGGACAUUUACAGAACUGGAGCCAAGUGUGUGCCUGGAGAAGCUGGGGACUCGGGGCAGCCUGGUGCUGCCUAUCACCAGGUGGGGCUGCUCCGAGUGAAGCCAGGCCGUGGAGACAGGACGUGCUCCAUGUCCUGCAGUGACAAGGUCGCCCGAUGGAAUGUCCUUGGUUGUCAAGGUGCGCUGUUGAUGCACUUCCUGGAAGAGCCCAUCUACCUGUCAGCUGUGGUCAUUGGGAAGUGCCCAUACAGCCAGGAAGCAAUGCAGAGAGCACUGCUCGGGAGGUGUCAGAAUGUUUCAACUCUACCCAAAGGCUUUGGUGUUCAAGAACUGAAAAUACAGCAGUCAGAUUUACUGUUUGAACAGAGCCGCUGUGCAGUGCAGGCAAGAAGGGCUGACAACCCAGGCCGACUUGUUCCUUGUGGGGCAGAUCCCGAAUCAGCAAAGUGGAACUCUUUAGAUCAUUCCAGAAGCUUCUCGGCAGCAUGGCGGAGGACAAGUGGCCAGACUCCCUCAGGGCGCGGAAGCUGGAGACCUACCAGGAGCACAAGGAGGCUGCUGCUGCCUACCAGGAAGCCUGGCGCACACUCCGAGAGCAGGCAUUUGGACCCUGGAUCAGAAACCCACCGGACUACCACCAGUUCAAGUGAGAAGAAAACAUUUUUAAAAUGCUUGCUGGGAACAGCCUCCUUCCUUUAUGCUGGACAAGCCCUAGCUUUACUGGUGGCUAAGUCAGGAAAGAAGAAGAAAAAAGAAAGAAAGAAAACCUUCUCCCAGAGCACUGUACCUCUUAAGUGUAAUACAGAUGAAAUCCAGAACAUAAAGCAGUCUGUACUCAAUUGAUGUAACUCUCAGCUUAAAAUGGCAUCUCACUAAUUCACUAGUGACUUUAGCAUCUGACUUCAAGUUGUGUUUUAUGUCUUCUCUGAAAUAUAAAAUGAGAGUUUGGAACAUAACACUCUUAAAAAGUAGUCUGCAGCAGCUGUGUUUUAGGUUUUCCUACAUUGAUUCAACCAGAAUCUUUGGAACUGAGAUGAUGUUUGACUCCACGAGCCUUUCAACUUUGCCUGGCAUAGUGAACGUGGAUUUUGUGUUCCCAGCCUUUCUUAUGGGGAGCCAUCAUUUUCCAGUCUCCAGUGAUCCUGCUCUGUCCACUGGACAUGGCUGAAGCCAGUCUCACACUCUGGCUCGGGAUUGAGUCCUGGACAAUCCUGAAAUUAUCCUCAGAGCUGUCGGGAAAGAACCUUUUUGUGUGGAGCUGUAAGAGGCAUGUGAUCUUGUAACUGCCAACCACCGUCUUUUCCUACCACAUAGACAGCUGGCUGAGAAUGAAGAUGGCAAAGAAGGAACCAGCCAAGGGAGUCAAAGCUCAAGGGACACUGUUUGGAUACCUGAAGCCACUGCCCAGCGUGGACUUCAGUUAUGUGAGACAAAUCCCUGCUAUUGUGUUGAUGUAGGCUGUUUGAAUUGGUUUGUGACUUUGAGCUGAAGGAAUUCUGUCAGAAGGCCCCAAGCUUCUACAGCAAAUCAGCAACAGACCCAGCAACCAAUCCUGUUUAACAUCUAAUACUUAACUCUCAGCUUCUUCAGAUCUGGAGUGAUUGACUGAAAAUGGAAGUUCUCCAUGUUUGGAUUAUUUAAGGUUAGCAAUUUUUACAGCUUUAACUGUUUUUUAUUAACUGUUUUGAGGUAUAAUUUAUAUACCAUAAUAUUCACCCACUUAAAAUACACAAUAUAGUGGUUUUUCAUGUAUUCACAGUUAUACAGUCAUCAGCUUUAGGACAUUUUCAUCAACCUAAAACAAAACGUUGUGCCUGUAUUAGUUUCCUAGGGCUAUCUUUUUUUUUUUUUUUUUU